CAUGCCAUUUGUAAAUUGUAAGAUGAGAGAGAGAGAGGGACAAGGUGGGUUUUGCCUUCCUUUGCAAGGGCCAACGCCUAUUUAACCGCUCCCCCUUCUCACUCCCAAAUCCCAACCUCCCUUCGACCAACCAAAAAAAACUCCCACCUCUUCUCCCACCUUCGUUUCGGCACCAGCAAUCUGCUCGAUCUCCCUCCCUCUCCACCCAAGGCAAGAGGCGCAACCGAGAAAGCAGCAACCGCACGAGCCACUCCGGUGACUCCAGUUGGCCAGCUUCACCAUGAAGUACGUGCUGGUGACCGGCGGCGUGGUGAGCGGGCUGGGCAAGGGCGUGACGGCCAGCAGCAUCGGCGUCGUGCUCAAGGCGUGCGGCCUCCGCGUCACCUCCAUCAAGAUCGAUCCAUACCUCAACACCGAUGCAGGAACCAUGUCUCCAUUCGAGCACGGCGAAGUGUUUGUCUUGGACGAUGGUGGCGAGGUGGACUUGGACCUUGGAAACUAUGAACGGUUUCUCGACAUCAAGUUGACUCGUGACAACAACAUUACCACGGGAAAGAUCUACCAGGCUGUUAUUAACAAGGAACGUAGAGGAGAUUACCUGGGGAAAACUGUUCAGGUUGUGCCACACAUAACAGAUGAAAUACAAGAAUGGAUUGAACGUGUGGCGAUGAAUCCAGUUGAUGGCACUGAAGAGCCAGCUGAUGUUUGUGUGAUAGAACUUGGUGGCACUAUAGGAGACAAAAUCUUUUCGCCGCAUAACACAAUAGUGGCAUUAAUUGAUGCAGGGGACAUUGAAUCAAUGCCUUUCAUUGAAGCAUUAGGUCAAUUUUCAUACCGCGUAGGGCCAGGAAACUUUUGCUUGGUUCAUGUUAGCCUUGUACCAGUUUUAAAUGUAGUUGGUGAACAGAAAACAAAGCCUACCCAACAUAGUGUCCGUGGACUAAGAGGACUCGGACUAAUACCUGACAUUUUGGCAUGUCGCAGUACUCAGCCACUUGAACAACAUGUGAAAGAGAAACUCGCACAAUUUUGCCAUGUCCCGAUUCCGAACAUUAUUAAUCUCCAUGAUGUUACAAACAUUUGGCACAUCCCAUUGUUGCUCAGGGAUCAGAGGGCCCAUGAAGCUAUUCUGAAAGUUUUAAACCUUCAGUGUGUGGGAAAAGUUCCUCAAGAACCCAAGUUGGCUGAAUGGACUGAAAGAGCCAGCAAGUUUGAGAAAUUGAAAACUCCGGUUAGGAUUGCCAUGGUUGGAAAAUACACCGGUUUAUCAGAUUCCUACCUCUCUGUUUUAAAGGCUCUUUUGCAUGCGUCGGUUUUUUUAGACAGAAAACUUGUGGUCGACUGGGUUCCUUCAUGCGAUCUUGAGGAUUCUGCAGCCGAAGAGACUCCUGACGCCUAUGAAAAAGCGUGGGAUUCACUUAAGAGUGCAGAUGGUGUGCUAGUUCCUGGAGGUUUCGGAGAUAGAGGGGUCCAAGGGAAAAUUCUGGCUGCAAAAUAUGCGCGGGAGAACAAUGUUCCAUAUCUCGGCAUUUGUCUGGGCAUGCAAAUUGCAGUGAUUGAGUAUGCCCGUUCUGUCAUGAAAUUGCAUGGUGCUAAUAGCACUGAGUUUGAUCCAGACACAAAAACACCAUGCGUUAUCUUCAUGCCAGAGGGAUCCAAAACCCAUAUGGGUGCAACAAUGCGCCUUGGAUCAAGGAGGACCUUUUUCCAGGUCAAUAAUAGCUGCAAAUCUGCUAAGUUGUAUGGCAAUGCUAGCUAUGUUGACGAAAGGCACCGCCACCGAUACGAGGUGAAUCCUAAUAUGAUCCCAGAGUUUGAGAAGGCAGGGCUCUCUUUCGUUGGCAGGGACGAAAGCGGGAGACGCAUGGAGAUUAUUGAGCUACCAACUCAUAGGUUUUUCGUCGGCGCACAAUUUCACCCUGAAUUUAACUCAAGGCCUGGCAAGCCAUCUCCACUUUUCUUAGGAUUAAUAGCAGCGUCAUCAGGCCAGCUAGAUCACCUGCUCCAAUGCCCUUGCGGCAUUGUCAAUCAAACAGACAGAUGGGCCUCCAGCAACGGAGCCACGAAGCUAAAACCGUACCCGAACGGGCACGUCAAGAAGCCUCUGAACGGCCUGGUAAACGGGCGCUAUGCGAACGGCAACGGGUAUUCGCACCUCGCAGCAUAAUGCUGCAAGAUGCAGUGUGCUGUUUGAGAUUUGCAAAUCUAUCCUUUUUCUCUUUCUUUUUUCUUUUUCUUUUUCUUUUUGCGUGCAUUCGUCAACCUGCCCGACUAAGAGGAAGAAGAGAAGGGCUGUUUGCCGCCGUUUCCGAUGUUUUAACGAGGAAGCAUUUGGCAUAAGCUGUCGCAUUAAGAAGCAAAUCAGUAGCUUAGCUAGGGUUUGAUUAGUAAUUCGAUGAGCUGUUUCUUUUUGUUUGCCUGUAUGAAUUAAUCAUGAGAGUAAAGGGACUGGGGGUGUGCAGCUAGCUGUAGUGGAGCCUGCCAUCUCGCCUGAUUGUACAUUGUAAACGAACUCAUGCUCUCCAUGGACUCAAUGAAUGAAUGGAUGAGCAUACAAGUUCAUAUUUGGACCAA